AUGGCCGCCAUCGCCAUCCCCGCCGGCGCCGCCCAGGCGUUCGCCCAGGACGAGUCGACCUCGUCGUUCUACCCUCUCUCGUGCUCGCCGCUCUCGCGCAGCCCUUUCCUCGCCCAGCUCUCGCUCUCGCCCAACUCGGCACCCAAGUACUCGUCCGUCGUCCCCUCGGCGAACCAGUUCGCCCAAGUCCGCCGCAAGUCGUCAGUCUCGGCGCACGCUCGCCCCGUCAUCCGUCCUCCGACACAGGCCGUCCCGCGCGAGGCUCCGCUGCCCGCAAUCCACUCGGGCGCGAUCAUCGACAACUUCCGCGCCGCGCUCGACACGAUCGACAUGGACGACUGCGAGGCGCACGGCGAGAACGCCUUCUUCGUCGCCGACCUCGCCGAGGUGUACCGCCAGCACGUCCGGUGGAUGCGCGAGUUGGGACACCGCGUUCAGCCUUUCUUCGCCGUCAAGUCGAACCCGGACCCUUACGUCCUUCACCUCAUGGCUGCGCUCGGGAUGGGCUUUGACUGCGCCAGUCAGCCCGAGAUCUCGGCUGUCUUGGGCUUGCCUGGACCCGUCUCGCCAUCGCGCAUCAUCUACGCCAACCCGUGCAAGGCCGCGUCGUUCAUCCGCAACGCGGCCAAGUGCGGAGUCGACACCAUGACGUUCGACAAUGCCGACGAGCUCGCCAAAGUCAAGAAGUACCACCCGAACGCACGUAUGGUCCUCCGCAUCCUCACCGACGACUCGAGCUCGCUCUGCCGCCUCGGUCUCAAGUUCGGCGCGCCCUUGAGCGAAGUCCGUGGAUUGCUCAAGCGCGCCAAGCAGCUCGACGUCAACGUCGUCGGGAUCUCGUUCCACUGCGGAAGCGGCUGCAAGGACCCGUCGCUCUUUGGCGACGCGAUCCGCCGCGCGCGCUGGGCGUUCGAUGUCGGCGCCGAAGAAGGGUUCGACUUUGACCUGCUCGACAUCGGAGGAGGGUUCGAGGACGACAACUUUGAGCAGAUCGCUGCUGUCCUCCGCGAGGCGAUCGACGCGCACUUCCCGCUCGACGCGCAGGGGAAGGGCGUCAAGGUCAUCGCCGAGCCGGGGAGGUAUUACGUCUGCCGCGCGUUCGAGCUCGCGACCAACAUCAUCGCGAGGAGGGCCGCGCGCGAGGGGACCAACGACGAUGCGUCGAUGCUCGAGCUCGCGGGCGUCGAUGACGAGGAGGCCAAGCCGGUCACGAUGUACUACAUCAACGACGGUGUCUAUUCGUCCUUCAACUCGACCAUGUUCGACCACCAAGUCGUUCACCCGCACGUCCUCACCCUCGCCGGCGACUUCCACGACGGUCCUGUCCUCUCCCAGGACGCGGACUUCGAGGAAUGCUCGAUCUGGGGCCCGACAUGCGACUCGAUCGACUGCGUCCAGCCCAAGGCCGUCUUGCCGACCAACUUGAUCGAGGUGGGAGACUGGUUGAGGUGGGACAACAUGGGCGCUUACACGAUCUGCGCUGCGAGCCAGUUCAACGGGUUCAGGAGGUCGGACGUCAGGUACACCAUCGACGCCAAGGGCGAGCCCGGACUCGAGGCCAAGAUUCGCGCUCUCCUCGACGCUUGA